AUGCUUAAGGAAAUAAUUAAUAAAACUAUUUACACAUUAAUUGAAUACCAUUGGCAAAUUGUACUAGGUGUACUUCUUCUAUCAGUCAUUUACUUUUUAGUGGUUCGACCCUUUUUUGCUUCCCCUUUAUGA